GUGUAUGUCUUAGAAAAUCUUGUCACUUUUUUAAAGCCAGAUACCAUUGUGAGUAGAAGGAAAGAAUUCUUGAUGGCUGAUGGUAAUGAAGAAUUUCCUAGAAGAAAAAUGAAAGCUGUAAGGCAUCGUCUUAAGAUACUAGAAGAGGAUUUAAUAGAACCAAACUGGAAAAACAGGGCUUUCUGUCAUAUGUCAAAAGCUGUGAGUGUGAAAGCCUUGCAUGAUUAUGUGAAGGAUGAAGACACCACUUUUUUUGGCCUCUCUUCUGCAGAAAACAAAAGUGAUUUUAAACUUGGGCUGUGCAGUGGCAACUCACAAAGGCUAGCAAGGCCCUUGAGUCACUGUAUGGUCACAACACAUCCAGUUUCUUCAAAUGGUGGGCUGAGGGAUAAACCAGCUGUAACUCCAUCGGCAGACAUGGACAGCAAAAUUACGGAAGAUAUUGAUGAAGCUUUGGGCAUAGCUAUUUGUAAUCUCCACCACUUACAUGAUGCAAAUGAGAUGCUGAAAUACUUGGAACUGAAAGUGAAGCAGGAUGGAGACAAAAUUGCAGAAACUGCAGAUAGAAAAUUUGAUGAACUUACUGCUUCUCUGCUCUCAAGGAAAAAGAAAUUAUGUGCAGAAUUAGUGAAGAGUGUCAACAAUUACAGUGCUGGUAUUGCAAAAGCUAAGGAAGUCAUUGAAGAGAAGAAAAAGUGCUUGAUUGGUGUUGUUAGGAUUGCAGAGGAGUUGAAAGUUACACCUUCUGUAAGAACCUAUUGUGAUCUUGCUCAGGUUAUUUAUAAUUUAAAGCUGCCAGUUGAGGACGAGCUCUCAAUAGUGAAUAGCCUGAAGGAAAAAAUAUCUCCAAGAUUCAUCCUGAACACUGAUGAGAUUAUGUCUUUGUUAAAAAAAUUGGGCAGGAUUGAAUGGGGAACAGCAGGGCAUGAAGAUAAUGGACAACACACUCGUAUCCUUGAUGACAAAGAAGAAAUACGAGACUGUGAUAGUCAGUACUCUGUACAGAAUAUUUUUCCAUCAUGUAACAGAAAAAGUAAAAUAAAAGCUCUUGCAAAUAAACUCGGUGUUCACAAAGUGGGAAAUACUCAAGAAAUAGAAGAAACACUUCCUAUGAUACACGAGCAGAAUAUUCCUGCUCUACCCAAGACUCCUUCCAGCCCUGAUGUCAUAAUAGAAGAAAUAUUUGAAGAUGACGUGGAAACAUUUCCCACAGAAUGUCAUGCUGAUGAACAGAAGAAGAAACUCUUUGAGAAAGAAGUGCCUUUUCAACACAAAGCUGGUUUGACAGAACUAGUGUUUGUAACCCAUGUUAUAAAUCCAUGCCACUUCUAUGUUCAGAGAUACACACAGAAGAGAGAAGCAGGGGUUUUGGAGAAGAAAUUGAAAAACUACUGUAAUAAGAGUUCAUCUAUCUUGCCUUCAGAUGUUUUGGAAAUAGGUGCUAGAGCUUUUAUUAAGAGUAAGGAAACUGGAAUGUGGUGCCGUGGAACCAUCACUGAUUUAAUUCCUCUAAAAAGUGAAAAUGAGAAGGAGCCUUGUGGUCCAAUAAGAUGCAAAGUUUGUGAUAUUGCGCUGCUGGAAGCAUUCCUGUUUGAUUUUGGGAGCUCUAUAGUUCUAAUUUUCUCAGGGUAUGUCCCUGCUGAAAGGCCUGAACCUGCUACUCUCCAGACUAUUGAAACAGAUGACAUUAGUUUGUUUAUAAGAAAGCCUGAUCAGAAUAUUGAGGCAGAACUUGCAGCUGUUCCUCCGUUAGCAGUACGGUGUUCAUUGAAGGAUGUUGUUCCCAAAAAUGCAAGUGAAGGUUGGGGAGAGAAAGCAAACACAACAUUUUUAGGAAUGGUAAAUAACAAAACAGUUUUAAUGACCAUAUUUAGAGAAGAGGAUGGUGUUCUCAUUGUGGAUUUGAAAAAACCUCCAUUUAAUAACAUAUGCAGUAACAUGCCAUUGUCUCUCAAGGAUGCAUUAGUUUUUUUAGAUUUGGCAAGGUAUAGAUCUCAGCUUCCCAAUCAGUUAGAAAAUAAUGCCAUCUUAAAGUACAGUCCACCAAAGCUUCCACAAGAAGGCGAAGGCAUCUGUGUCAUAGUUUGUCACAUUAAUAGUCCCAGUGAUUUCUAUCUGCAGUUGAGAGAGAGUCCAGAUUUUUUAGCUCUUUCAAAGAAAAUUCAGGAGGUAUAUAAACGUGACUAUGGGAAAAACAUGCAAAUUGUCCACCCAGUUGAAGGACAAGCCUGUGUUGCAAAGCAGGAAGAUGGGAAUUGGUACAGAGCACAGAUUACUGGGCUGCCAAGUCAUCAAGAAGUUACGGUGAAGUAUGUUGACUACGGCAGUGUUGCUAACUUAACUCAUAAAGACAUACGUAGAGUAAAAAAGGAGUUUCUGAGCUUUCCAGAAAAGGCAAUUAGGUGCAGGCUGGCUUACAUUGAGCCUUAUAAAGGGGCAAAUGAGUGGAGCAGAGAAGCCAAGGAACGAUUUGAAGAAGUGCUUGAAGAUAAACUUACAGUGUGUUCAGUUGUUGGUAAGUUAUCAAAUAACAUCUUAUCUGUUGAACUUUUUUACUCCUCUGCUGUUCAUGGAAGAAGAUUUAGUAUUAACUGUCAGCUAGUUAAAGAAGACCUAGCAUCCAACAUACCUGGGUAUGUUGACAGUACUGGUGUAGAGCCUAAUAAAAUAUGGAAUCUUCCUAUAGAAGAAAUUCCUAAAACCUUAGAAGCUUUAAAUCCUAUAGACAUGGAAUCCAUGGAUGAAGCAAAUCUCAGAUUGCUUUGUAAUAAACAGCUACAAGUGAGAAUUAGUCAUGUUGUGUCUCCUAGUAAAAUUUUUGUACAAUGGCUGUCAUCAGAACAUACACUGAAAAGUUUACAGGAGAAGAUGGCUGCCAUCUACAAAGAAGUCCAGCUCCAUGUCGUGAAGUGGGAAAGUGGAAUGCACUGUGCUGUUUAUGUACAUGAUUUGAAACAGUGGCAAAGAGGUCAAAUAAGCAGGAUUGUCUCUGAAACAAGUGCAGAGGUAAUGCUUUACGAUUCUGGAGCUGAAAAAACAGUUGAUAUCCACUGUCUAAGAAAACUUGAGGAAAGUAUGAAGAUAAUUAGGACAUUAGCAAUUGAAUGUUCCUUGGCAGAUAUAAGACCAACAGGUGGAAGCGCACAGUGGACUGCAACAGCAUGUGAAUGUCUAGAUGAUUACUUAACUGGGGCAGAAGUAAAAAUGAUUAUACAGGAAAGUAAUGGGGCUUGUGCAUUGCCUGUGAAAAUUCUUUGCAAGGAUGAAACAGGAGAAUUGGUUGAUAUUUCAGAACACCUUAUUAAAAAGGGUUUGGCUUCUAGAAACAGAAGAACUGAUAAAGCUGAUGUGGCUUGCUCAGUCUCCAAGGAACAUCUUAAAGUACAUUUAAAGCAGGAGAACACACAACUGGAUAGCUGGACUUCCAGAAUUGUAUAUGCAAGAAACAGCCUUGCUCUGGAGGAAAGGAUCACUGUUCUGGAGUGUGAACAAAUACCAUGCAAAACAUACAACUCACUGCUUCAUUCAGGAACUGGUGAAGUAUAUAUGUCCCCUGUUAUACCUGAAGCAAAAAUUUUUCAAGCUAUAGUAAGCUCUAUUGGAUGCGAUGGAACUAUUUAUAUAAUACCCAAAUCAUCUGAAAUUGAACUAAGUAAACUGAUGACUGAAAUACAAAGUAAGUUCAAAUGUCUUGGACUUCUGGAACCCUAUAGCUGGAAAAAGGGAGAAGCUUGUGUUGUAAGAGGAUCAGAUACCAUGUGGUAUCGAGGUAAAAUUGUAGAACUCUGUGGCAGUACACUCCAGGUACAGUACAUAGAUCAUGGUUGUAUAGAGAGGAUUCCUCAGUGCCAUCUGUAUCCAACUACAUUGUAUACUGAUAUUCCUCCAUUUUGCAUACCAUGUCAGCUCUACAAGACAAUACCAAUUGGAAAUUUUUGGCAGCAAGAUGCAGUAGAUUACCUUCAAGGACUACUUACAAAUGAAGAAGUUGAAAUACACAUUCAGGAAUUACCAGAUAACCCAUGGGGCAAAUUGUCCAUCAGCCUGUAUUUUGGAGGAAUGUCCCUUUCUUCCUUCAUGGCAUACCAGAAGUUCUGUGUUACUGAAGAUUGUCGGGACAUGAAAGAGCUGGAGCUACUUGAAGAUGUUGCUGUUACACCUUCAUACAAGUUACCAUCGCUGCCUCUUCCAGGAGAUACCUUCCCUGUCAGAGUUACCCACUUGGUGAACCCUAAGGAGGUAUAUAUUUGCUUUGAUACUUUGAAGAACCUUAUGAAGCAGCCUGCCUCUGGGGGAGAUGCCAGCUGUGACUCAGGGUUGGAGAGCCUUGAUGAAGCCCUGAAGUGGUGCAAUAAAAGUGUGAACUCUUUUCCUCUUUUAACAAACUUCCUAACAGAAAUGCCUUGCCUUGUAGAAUACCAGGAUGGUUUAUGGUAUAGAGGAAAGGUCCUCUCUGUUAUGAAAUCUGACCCUGUUAAGAUCCUGGUUCAGUUUGUUGACUACGGUAGUUUUUCAGUUGUCCCAAGCAGCAGAUUGCGUCACAUACCUUUUCACCUGCUGAAGUAUCCUGUUCAGGCAGUGCGAGCGCUGUUAGCUGGAUUUAAGCCUGCCUUAUAUGACAGACAUGUGGAAAGAAUUCCUUAUUCCCCAGAAUGGAGCGUGGACGCUUUGUGGGCUAUGAUAGGAUGCAUCGAAGGAAAACAGCUCUCUGCUUCCAUAGUUGCUCUUUCACCAGAGGUCACCAUUUCUCUGUAUGAAGCUGACAAAAGUCCAGUUCAUAUGAAACUGAUAGAAAUGGGACUUGCAGAUUUGGACGAGUGACGUCAUUUGACCUCAGUGUCCAGUGCCAGUGGCUCUCAAAUUGAUCCAGGGUACCACCACAUGGAUGUCCAUACAUCUAGGCAAACGUGGAGUAUUUUUAAUGAACAGCCUUACAGUAUGUGUUGUCUACAGCGAAUACUGGAGACUUAGAUUUUCAAAUUCCUUGGCCAACUCUGUUAAAUAGCAUUUUUCCCUCCUAUUCAAUAAGCAUUCUUCUAAUUGAUGCAGAUAAUGUUUCCAACAGUUCUGAAUCUUGAAAUAGUGAAGCUGUUCACAAUUACUUCUUUCAACCUUAGAGCCUUAAGUAUUGUUCAGCAGUACCCUUUUUCUUAAGAGUAGAUGCCAUUGGUGUAUGGUUGAAAAGAAAUAGAUUAAAAGUUUUGCUGGGCACAGUUAUUCUACUGUCUUGUUAGACUUCGAGGGAAGAUGAUAGUUCUAUUACUGUUACUCUUGUUUAUGUUUCAGGCAUAUUUGGUGACAGACUUCUCCAGUAUGACCUCGAGAUAGUCAACAGUUUAGGGUGGGGGAGUGUUACAGUCUUUGUUCUGGAACAUGUUUGCAUUGGGGCUUUGUUUUCUGUCAUGAUGAGAACAGCGUUUCGGGUAUCCUUGCACCUCCUUCCUAUGCCUGAAACUGCAGCGUGCAUUUGAAAGUGUUGGAAUAAACAGGAGCUUGCUCAGCA